UGGCGAAGGGACGAACCGAAUCCAGUUUACGUAGCAUCGGCGUUUUUGCAGUUUUCGCUUUUUGCGUUUUCCGCCGUCUCCGUGAGCAGCGAGGCGUAAGGUCCGGUUGUUGCUGUUUGUUGAGGCCGCCGAUGCCGUUUGCAAUCUGAAAUGCCUGGUAAGCGACAGUACGGCAAAUACCUUUGGAACACCAAUUGCAAGAUUCCUAGCCGCUCGAAGUGCCGCCUAAAGAAUCGUCGGACUGUCGAGCGUCCUACUGUUGAGUCGGACGAUUCCGAGAACCAUGCUGAGGACAACGACACACCUGGCCAGUCUCAAGACACUGGAGCCACUAGAGCUGCUAGAGCUGCGACCCCACAGAGUCAAUCGUGUGACAACACCGACGGAGACAAUGCAGAUGCCGGCCACCGCGCUUGUGUCGACACGGCGGCUGCGAUGGACUCGGCAGCCGAAAGCGAGGACGAGACCGGGAACAAGUUGUCAUCCUCGGAGGACUCGCCGGACCCGUCAUCGUCGGAGGACUCAUCCGACCCGUCGUCAUCUGAUUCUGAAGAUGAGUCGGAUGCUCCUACCUCGCCGAAACCGGGGUCAAGAAGCGAGCUGGAUGAGCUGCUAUACCCAGCAGCCAAGCUGUCAAUGGCAGAAAGCCUCCUGAUGGUAAUGGGCCACAGCCUUCGACACUGUUCAUCCAAGGAAGCCACUGAGAGCGUACUCAAGCUGAUUGACUCCCAUCUACCGAAGGAUACAAAAUUUGUUUUCUCCAUUAACUGAUAAGAAGUUAGUGAACUUCAAACACCAAAUCAAUUCUUGGUUCAUUUUAAGGCGGCUGCUUACUCCGUCAUGGGAGCAUAAAAUAUGGCUGCUUGGAAGGGGUUAAUUUGUAUAUAAAAAUGGAAGUUCACCGCAUUAUACUAAUGAAUUCACUGAGUGUCAUACAUCUAGUGGUAUAUGUAAACCUUAAGAUUUAUGUACAUCCCUAAGCAAUGAAGGUUGGACCGGAGCUGGCUUGACUUUUUGUGCAGAGGUUGAUAGCUGCUGUACCAUUGCUGUGAUAAAGAAUGUGCGCACUUUGUAUCUAAAAUAUUGUAAGCCAGGUUCAUUGCUUCAUCUGUGUGUGACUUUGCAGCCCCCAAUAAAGUGCAUUAGCUGUAUUCUGGCUGACAAUGAAUUGCGUAAAGUUGUGAAUAAAUGUUUUCGAUGCAUCUGAACAAAUUUGUUUGUCCUGCCUAAUGCACAGUGU